CAGGCGACCGGAAAAAAGAGCGAGGCGCCAAAUUUCGUAUCUGUUUUUGAGGAGCAGAGAGGAAGAAAGAGAGAGGGAUGAAUCAUGAACCUUAAAGGCAAAGCAACCGGGGAAUCAACCACUAACAGCAGUGAUGGAGAUGCCAUCAAGGUGUUUGUGCGUGUUCGGCCCUUGACUCGAGGCACUGGGUUAAUGACAGAUGGUGAUCACAGUCUGUGCCUGACGGUGACGUCACCGCACAACGUCAGACUGCACUGUAAACCUGAGCCUCGAACCUUCACUUACGACCAUGUUGCUGACAUGAACACGAGUCAGGAGGAAGUUUUCUCCAGUGUUGCUAAAAACAUUGUCGAGUCGUGCAUGAAUGGAUACAACGGCACCAUUUUUGCUUAUGGGCAGACAGGCUCAGGAAAGACCUUCACUAUGCUGGGCCCGUCAGAGCUGGAUAAUUUCUCAGAUGAGAUGCGUGGUGUGAUUCCUCGUAGUUUUGAGUACCUCUUCUUUCUCAUCAACCGAGAGGUGGAGCGGUCUGGUGGUAUGAAGAGUUUCCUUUGCAAGUGUUCAUUUAUCGAGAUCUAUAAUGAGCAGAUUUAUGACCUGUUGGACAGCGUCUCCACCUGUCUGUUCCUGCGAGAGGACAUCAAGAGAGGCGUGUUUGUGGAAGGAGCCGUGGAGAAAUAUGCCGCAUCUGCUGCAGAGGCCUAUCAGGUGUUGUCUAUGGGGUGGCGGAACAGGCGAGUGGCGUCCACCUCAAUGAACCGCGAAUCAUCUCGUUCACACGCUGUUUUCACCAUGACGCUUGAAUCUAAAGAGACAGGACAGGAAGUAGUCAACAUCAGAACCUCUCAGCUCAACCUGGUUGAUCUCGCCGGGUCCGAGAGACAGAGAGACACACAUGCGGAGGGUUCACGACUUAAGGAGGCAAGCAGCAUUAACCGGUCACUGAUGUGUCUCGGUCAGGUGAUCAUGGCCCUGAUGGAUGUGUCCAAUGGAAAGAACCGUCACAUAUGCUACAGAGACUCUAAACUGACCUUCCUUCUCAGGGACUCCCUGGGAGGAAAUGCUAAGACGUACAUCAUCGCUAAUGUGCAUCCUGGCUCCAAGUGCUUCGGAGAGACGCUCUCCACCCUGCAGUUUGCUCAGAGAGCCAAACUCAUCAAAAAUAAGGCUAUGGUUAAUGAGGACACUCAGGGGAAUGUCAGGCAGCUUCAAGCGGAAGUGAAAAAACUAAAGGAGCAACUCGCAAACGCUCUUUCACAAACAUGCAUUACAGUGCUCACACCAGCAGACCAACAAGCACACACAGGUCUGUCUGAUAAGGAUGUUUCCUAUAAGAUGCAGUUCAUUCAGGCCAUGCACUUCUGGAAGAAAGGACAGGAGGAGAAGAAGGCUCUUCAGGAAAAAGUGUCUCAGCUGCAAGCUGCCUGGGCACAGAAGGAGAAAUUCAUCCAGUCCAACCGCAUGAUCCUGAAGUUCAGAGAUGAUCACAUCGCUCAGCUGAAGAAAGAGAUACAAACGGGCCACAGAUCAGAACCCGAGCAGCAGAUUCAGCAGUUGCAGGAGGAGAUACGGCUGCUACGUGAUCAGAUGGAACACCACCCGCGGAUGAUGCGUUACGCAGCAGAGAACUGCAGCCUGCGGGAAGAAAUUCAAGUGCUCCGUGCUCUGGAAACGGUCAGAUCUGCUGGUGAGGUGGAGCUGCAGUCAUUAACUGCACUGGAGAAAAUAUUCCUACAGCUGCUGGAGGCUCAGACAACAGACAAGACCACAGCGCCACCUACCUACUCUACACCUGUCACCAUGGAGACGUUGUCAUCUGUUUCCAUGGAGAGAAUGAAGGUUCAGCUGCUGCAGAAACAGUCGGAACUCACGGCAACAGUUCAGGCCUUUGAGGAGUUUAAGGAGAUCAACAAAAAACAGCUGGCAGAGCUGGAAUCUGAGAAACGUUAUCUCGAGAAGUCCGUCAAACAUCUGGAGAAGAUCCUGGAGGCCACUAAAGCCCACAGCAAACAGGAAAAGUCUCAACUUAACAAGAUUCACGCUGAGACCAUCAAGAUAUUGACUACGCCCACUAAAGCCUAUAACCUGAGGAAUCGGCUGGUGCCGCUGUCCAGCCCAGACCAUCUGAACGGACAGACGGGGGACAUCGAUGUAGAUGACAUCCAGAAUGAACAGCCGCCCCCUGAGAUGAAUGAGCUGGCCUGUGAAGCCCUCACUGAAGAGCUCAAACAAAUGCAGGAACAGGCUCUUCGUGUUCAGGGCCUGUUAGAUGAGGAAGAAGCCAAGAACAGAAAACUGCUUCAGCGAAUCAGCAAGCUGGAAGAACAGGUUACCAUAGCAAAUGAGGAGUCCACUCGCACAAAGGAGACAUUUGGUGCUGAGCGGCACUCUCUGCUGGAGGAACAGGAGUGUCUGCAGGAGAGAAUCCAAUCGCUGGAGCAGCAGCUGGAAGAUGACAAGAGAGAGAUGGAUGUGGUGCGGGUGGAGGUGCGAGACCUGCGUGUGGUGCUGCAGUCUUCUGAUAGAGAGCUGGAGGCCGUGCGGACUGAACUACAGCUGCAGAAAUCAGAGCACGAGAAAGAGAACACACACCUGUCCAAGAGCCUGAUCAGCACACACCUACAGCUGGACACUGUCAAGUUGGAGUGGGAGCAGAUGAUGGAGAAGCAGCGUGUUGUACAGGAUGCGUUUGAUACGCUGCAGGCUGAGUUUCAGUUUGAGUUGGAUCAACACAGACAGCAGAUGGAGCUCAAGAGCCAAGAGUGUUCAGAGCAACAAACACUCAUUAUUGAGCUGCAACAGAAUCUGCAGGCAGAGAAAGAGCAGAACAUCAGUGUGAGAUCUCAGCUGACCGCACACAGAGAGUGUGUGUCUAAAGAGCUUGUGCAGUCUGUAGAAGAGAAUGCCUCAUUGAAGAAACUCAUCACUGAUCUGACAAACAAAAAUCAGCAACAGUGUGAUGAGAUCAGCGCUCUACAGCAGAGUGUCUGUUCAGCCAACAACACCAUCAGCAGCCUCGAGCAGAAGAUUGAACAAGACAGUACUGUGGUGCUGGAGCUGAUGCAGGAGACCAGAGGUCUUCGCAGUGAGGUGGCAGUGAGAGAUCAGACUGUCUCUUCACUGCGAGGAGAGAUCGCUGACAUCAGCGGAAAGUACAGCGUGGUGUGUGCUGAGAAAGAGCAGAUGAGAGAGAAGAUCACACACAUGCAGAAUGAACUUCAGGCGCUGCGAGAAGCUUCAGAGAGACGCAUCGCCUCCGACCGCAUCGAGUUGGAGCUGCUGCAGGAAGAUCUGGCAUAUGCUACAGAUGAGGUGGCAAGACUCGGUAAAGUUGUGGAAGAGCAGACUGCUUUAAUGGAGAGCUCUAAGACUCUGAAAACCGAGAGAGAGAAUCAUAUAAACACUCUGCAGGAACAGGUGACACAGCUGACCGAGCAGAUUAAUCUUCUGAAAGUGAGAGAAUCUGUCAAUCAACCUUCAGGCACCUCUGGCACACCCAGCGGAAAAAUACAGACGCCUCAAACCCCGUGCGGCUUCAGCUCGAGUCUGUCUCAGGUGCUGGAGUGUCAGGAGAGAGAGCUGGAGAGCCGACGCUCCUCUAUGAUCACCAUGGAAGUUCUGCUGGAGGAACUGAAUGCCGAACGCACGGCCAAAAACCAAGAGAUCGACAGAUUAAAGGCCCAGCUGAAUGAAAAGGAGAUAAUGCGGAUGGAGAUUCAAACGCUAUUGGACAAGUUUUACUCCGUCCAGAAUCAGCACCAACAGAGCAGCCAUGUGAACCAAGACCUUAGGGAGGCCAUACAUGUCUCUGUGCUGAGAGAACUACAAGAGGAGAGGAACUUAAAAAGCUCCCUGAUGAUGCAGCUGACUGACUCUCAGAUGGCGCUGCAGCGUAAUGAGGUCACUCUCGCCCAGUCUCAGGCGUGUGUGCAGGAAUUGACCACUGAACUCAGGAACUGCUGCCUGGAGCUCAGAGAGCUGCGACAGAAAGAGAAUCAACAGGAAAAACUGCAGCAGGAAGUGGAAGUUCUGAGGAAGCAGGUGGACCAUCUGACUGAGGAGAAUGGAAAACUGUUGGGUCAUCAGAAUCCCAAGCAAAAGAUUGAGUACCUGGUGAAACUGAAGAAGGAGAUCACCAAAUUACAGGAGGAGAAUGGUAAACUCAGACAGUGUCUUCAUAUGGAAGAAAGUCCAACAACAGACCUACAACAUUCUCACCCCUGACAUGCUGUAUGUAAAAACUAAAUGAAAUUAGACCUUAAAGUAGAUUUUGUCCCAGAGUUACUAAAAUGACUUAUAGACUUGUAAUGAGCUGUUUUGGAUUCAUCUGUUGGUAUUUUUUUUGUCUCUCAAUCACCCUUUUGUCAAUUUCUUUUUUUUUUCCUCUCUUAUUAACUGUAGCUCUUUGUACACAAUUUGUGAAUUGCAAUUAUUUUCCUUUUUUAUUAAAGCAAACUGUCAGUAAACUUAUUUUAUCUAAGCUAAUUUGAAAUGCAUUUUUAUUACCCUCCCCACCCAUCUCAUAAAUGUGCAGGGUUGGGGAGUAACAGAAUACAUGUAACAGGAUUACGUAUUUAAAAUACAAGAUAUAAGUAACUGUAUUCCACUACAGUUACAAUUUAAUCAUUGGUAAUUAGAAUACAGUUACAUUCAAAAAGUAUUUUGAUUACUGAAGAGAUUACUUUGCAUUUUAUUGUCAUUUGUUUCAUUUAAUAUUUAGUCCUUUCAGAUGGAAAAAUGUAUACAUAUAAAUGAUGCAAUCCAAAGUGCAUCUGAACAGUAGUGAAACACUUUCUUAUGAUGUGUAACAUUCAUACGAGCAGACAGAGAAGUAAGUUUGGAGCAGAAGAAAUAGAAAUAAACCUUGUGUAAUUUGUCAGCUUUACACUAAGAUAAAAUGCUAUUUCUAGCCAUUUUACAUGCACGUUACCAGGCAUGAUCAUAUUUUUUAUCAAAAAAAUUCACUUGGAUCAUAAUUUCUUUUUUUCUAGUAAGAACUUUGAUAUUAGGGCAAAAAUCGUAUUCUUGAUAAUUUUUGUAUUGUUUUUCUGUAAAAAUAUCUAAAAAUCCUUAAAAACAAGAUCAGUUUGAUUUAUCUUGUUUUAGAACAAAACUGCAUGUUGUAUUCAGGUUUUUCAGAGAAUGUAUUUUUAACAUUUGUGUUUUGUCUUACUGUACUGGCAGAGUAUUUAUAGUAAAAACAAGUGAAAAAAUCUAGAAGUAAUCCAAAGUAUUUAGAAUAUGUUACUGACCUUGAGUAAUCUAAUGGAAUAUGUUACAAAUGACAUUUUACAGCAUGUAUUCUGUAAUCUGUAGUGGAAUACAUUUCAAAAGUAACCCUCCCAACCCUGUAAAUGUGUGCAUAUAAAAUAGACAGCUGCAUGAGAUGUUGUUGUGCUGAGAGUGCACAGCAUUUCAUUUUUAUUAUAACAUUUAUAAUUAUUAAUAUUAUUUUACAUACACAGGCCUUAUUCAUGUCAGGUUUCAGACUGUGUAGCCAGACAUUCUACCCUAGCAUUGGAAUGCAAGUUUAUAAGGCCACAAAGAAAUAAAUGCUUAAAUAUUGUUGUAACAAAGGCAUUGCUAUCUUCAAACAUACCCAGAGAAUUGUUACCAGUGUAUCUCUUGAUGGGAAUGCUUGGGAUGGGAAUAGACCUUAUUCACAGUAGCGCCAUCUUUGAUUUUUAACGUGAAUGAAAACGAGGCUGUGAGGAAUAGGCUUAACA